UCAGGCACAGCCCAUUCUGGAGGAGAGGGGGACACACUGCUCUGUACUUCGCCGUGUCCAUGUUGUUGUCAUCUCCGCCCCUAUCUGAUUAAACCACAGAGCCCGCCGCUCCUCCACGCCGUCAGAGGAGAAGGAUUUUUCCGGCCGCAGAUAUUCCGAGCGGACCCGUGGACACUCCAGCUACUCCUUUUGGUUUUCCCUCAUGAUGUCCUUUAAACACAAACAGUGACCCGGUUUGAGUCAAUGUUGCUGCGACUGGUGCGCUCUGCACACGCGUGGGUCAUGCUCUGCACCUGACAGCCCCUCUGCAGACUUCUGACUUUAGACUCGAACAGGAGGAAAAACUUAGCAUCGCCCCCAAGAAGUUGCUGACUGCUGCAGCCCGCGGACUCUGCCCACACGGACUGUUUUACACCAAAAUAUCCGUCCUUGUUUUUUUUACUCCUACAUAGCUGCACAACAGAGGCGAAACGGCGACCUCAGUCGAUUACCUUUCUUUCCUUUGCUAUCCGAUGGAUAUUCACUGCAAAGCAGACCCCUUCUCGGCGAUGCACCGGCACGGCGGUGUAAACCAGCUCGGCGGGGUGUUCGUCAACGGCAGACCCCUCCCGGACGUGGUGAGGCAGCGGAUCGUGGAGCUGGCCCACCAGGGCGUCCGGCCCUGCGACAUCUCCAGACAGCUACGGGUCAGUCACGGCUGUGUCAGCAAAAUUCUCGGCAGGUACUAUGAAACCGGCAGUAUUAAACCCGGAGUCAUUGGUGGCUCCAAACCAAAGGUUGCAACUCCGAAAGUGGUGGAUAAAAUUGCUGAAUAUAAGCGCCAGAAUCCAACCAUGUUCGCUUGGGAGAUAAGGGACCGACUAUUGGCUGAGGCCGUCUGCGACAACGACACAGUUCCCAGCGUGUCAUCCAUCAACAGGAUUAUCCGCACCAAAGUCCAGCAGCCAUUCCACCCGUCCCCUGACGGAUCCGUUACGCCGCUCUCCACGCCGGGCCACACUAUAGUGCCCAGCACAGCCUCGCCCCCUGUGACCAGCGCUUCCAACGAUCCCGUAGGAUCCUACUCCAUCAACGGCAUUCUGGGUAUCCCCCGCUCCAACGGCGAGAAGAGGAAACGAGACGAUGUUCUCUGGAGUGGCAACCACUUGGAUGGAAGGAAAAUAGGACAUUAUGGCUCUGAUGGCUCAGGCCCUGGCAGCGACUCUCAGGGCAGUGUGGAGAGUUUAAGGAAGCACCUGCGAGCAGACGCCUUCACCCAGCAGCAGCUGGAGGCCCUGGACCGUGUGUUUGAACGUCCUUCUUACCCUGACGUCUUCCCCACUUCAGAACACAUCAAACCUGAACAGGCGAAUGAGUACUCACUCCCAUCCCUGAACGCUGGCCUGGAAGACGUGAAGCCAAGCCUUUCCACCAGCGCCAGCUCCGACCUCGCCUCCAGUGUCUCCCAGAGCUACUCUGUUGUGACAGACUCUCACCCAUCAUAUCCACCUUCCAUGUGUGUAAAGCGGGAGCCCCAUGAGGCAUCCUUUGCUCCCUUCACCCCCUCCUCUGUUGGGGAUUCUGCUCUAGCUGACAUCUUGCCCCACCAGUCCAGCCUCUCUGUAGAUGCCUCUACUCCCAGCUACCCUGCCCAUGCCCACGGCCCCUGCUACAGCCAGUAUGCCAGCCAGCCCUUUAUAGCAGGUCGAGACAUGGCCAGCACCACCUUACCUGGCUACCCGCCUCAUGUCCCCCCCACAGGACAAGGCAGCUACCCCACCUCCACACUCGCUGGAAUGGUUCCUGGAGGGGACUUUUCUGGAAACCCUUACUCUCAUCCACAAUACACCACUUACAACGAAGCAUGGCGGUUCAGCAAUCCAGCAUUACUAAGUUCCCCUUAUUAUUAUAGUGCCGCAUCUCGUGGCUCCGCACCUCCCACUGCUGCCACUGCCUACGACCGCCACUAGUUACCAUGGAGACCAGCUCAAACUGCAGGGCCAGGGUUUCGGCCUCCAUAUUGUCCCCGUCUGAGAAACACUGAGGUCAAAGGGAAGCGAGGUGGAAUCCUAAAGGAAACCCCAUGAUGUGGAGUAAGGAUCAGCGAGGUCGACGCCGGUGCAUCAUGCCCAGCUUCGGCGUUACACACUUUUGGGUCAAAAGGGCCCACGGGCGUUCAGAACUCACCCAUCAUGCCCUCAAUCUCUCACAGGCCUGAACAUUUCCAGAAUGACUUUAAGAGAUUAUAUAAAUAUAUAUAUUAUAAAAUAUAAAUUGAAGAAAACAGUGUGAAGAAUACCAUGUGGAAAAAAAUGUUGUGGGUUUUUAUUUUUGUUUCUUUGUUGCUGUUGUUGUUGUUGUUAUUUUAUUCAUGGAUCCUCACAUUCCUUUUAUGUGAUGAACUGCAGUAUUUUUCUGCUCUAAAGAGAGUCCAGGGGAGAUGACAAUGGUCCCAUAGUUUGAUGGUGCAGCGACUCGAACCAGUGUUGUGGGGCCCCUUUGACACUUAAUGCGAUUCUGGCUCCACACUGUAGGGCGUGCUUUCCUCUGGUGCUUUGACUACGUCUCCUGCUCCCAUUUCGCCAGUCCCACCUACAUUAUCAGAUAAACACAGCAUGUCCUACAACGUUUACUGACCCUAUAUAGACCAAUGGCAACAUCACACUCCCUGUGGCAAACAAUCAGAUGUAAAAAUGUAAAUCAUUUUGCAAAGUAUUAAAAAACGUGGUGGCCACAAAAUGGUUUCGCCAUAAUUUUAAAUACUUUAAAUUAUUUUUUUCUGUCACUAUUUUUUAAUGUAAAAAAAUGCUAUCAAAGAUAGUUCACAUCAGAGUAGUUCAGUCACAUUUCCUUCAUUUUCCAGCCAUGUCCAUGUCCAUGCAUGAUCGUCCUUUGCUCUUUUUUUGCACUAUAACCUCAGCUUAUUUAAUUUAUUUGGUACAUUCACUUAAAAUUAUGUUUAGUUAACCUACCAAUUUUAACCAUAAGUCGAAACUAUUUAUGUUGCAUAAUGUAGGUGUAAAAACACAAAGCAGACAGACAGACAGACAUGUUUUUGUGUGAACAUCUUGUUCUGAGUAAAAGCGACAAUUUCAGGUUUCUGAGCAGUUUGUAAGCCAUAGCUCUAUGGCUACAUGAACAAAUUCAAUUCUCCUGGGUUAUACUUCAUUCAGCUACUUAGUCAUACCACUAGAUGCCUACACAGUUUAGAGAGCUGUACGCAGUUGAGCGAACCAACUGUAAAUUAGCUUCAACAAUUGCCUUACAAACCUGUUUUUUCACCGUAAAUUCAUGCCUGUUCAAUGAAAUUAAUUGCCUUUACAAACACAUAUUCACCACCCUCUUCGAGUUACGUUCUACUCUCCAUAGGGACUGAAAGGAAAUACUGAUUCAGUUUGCUUUUUGGAAAAUAUUUUGUGAAUGUACUUUUAACUACAUUUGCCAAAGACUUAGUUUGAUAUUUAAUAUUUUAUUUACAGUAUAUGUAUGCAUAAAUAAAGCAGUAUUAUCUUUUAAAUAAGUAGUCAACACUGAACAUGUAUGUUGUGACUUUUCAACAGGCGAACAACAUAAUGCAUAUGACUGUAAUGAAAAAGGUGAAAUUCAGUGACUAUACCAUCAGUUGCAACUAAAUGCUGCUUUGUAGAAUGAUUUGUGAAUAAUGUGAAGACAAUUCUUCUCUGUAAAUAAUAUCACACACCAUUGCAGUAUCAUACUAAUGUACUGGCUCCCUUUGUAGAUAUACAGACCGAAAAAAAAAACAUGCAUUACAUUUGUGUCUUAAUGUAAUGUUGUGCUCUGAGGAAAGGCACAACUACUGUAAUAACCUGUGGCUGCAGGUUUCAGAUGCUAACAUCACAUAGGUUGUCUUUGUCAUUUUAUUUUGUUUUCAUGAUAAUGUCAUGAUGAUGUUUUAUGUCACUAUGCAAUGAGUUAAAUGGCUUUCUGUAUCAUCUUUUGUUGUUGGGCUCAGAACAAGUAAUCCCCAUGGAGAACAGCAUAAAACUUAAGAAGUACAAAAGACCUCCAGCGUGAAAUGGUUUCUCUCUAGUUUAACUUUUGCUCCACAAAUGAAGAUGUGAUCAAACUAAAGUCCUUGGCAACAAUCAAAGAUAUUGUCCUGUUUGCUGUUAGUAGAUGUUGUGAUCAUUAUGUUAAUCCAAAUUACAGUCAUCUGUGCCUCCAUGUAUAGAAACACAUCCACACUUAUUCCCAGUCACCCAUCUCUCCUCCCUCCCUCCACUCCAACCCAGCUACCAAUACAACUCUUUAGUGUAGGGCAUCCAAGAUGAAGUUUACUUUAAUUCUUCACAAGCAAAUACACCAUCUGGUACCAGGGUUAACUGUCAUUGUUGAGGGCACCAGAUAACAGAGAAACAGACUGCGGUCCUGCUCUUCAGGAGAAGCUAUCCUCUACAAAUUGCACUUGGGAUUUGCCUAUUUCUGUCUACAUGUAGCUCGACAUAUCUGAAAAUGAAACACUGGCGCAGAGUGCAAGCCGCCGUCAUUCAGGAGAAGUCUUUGCUUUAGGAAGCAGAGCACCUCUGAAGGAAUGGGUCUUCUGCUGUUGUAAAGAUGAUACAGGAGAUGUGUCAUGGACAUUAAAAGGAUUUCUGAUGAAAAUCUAUACGGAAAGCCUUGUGGCCUCAAUCAUUGUUCUGUUUCAGUUCUGUUCCAAUUCUUUUUGU